AUGACAGGGGAAGGGUCUGCCAACCCGGCCUACGACGACCGCGCCAACAAGCGAGCCAAGAUCGUCAAUGCCGCCACGGGCGAGCGCAAGGAAGUCGCAGUCGCCCACCCCUGGGAGUUGAGCCGGGCGCUCGAGCAGCUACCCGGGUCCCGACCCCUUCGACCUGGGCAUCGGGCGACUUUCCCUGGUACGGGAUAUGAAGGGGCCAGCCAAGGCCAAGAAGUGCUGGCUUGGCGCCGACGAGGUGCACCCCGACGCCUUAUCGGCGGAUACAACGAGCAACCCGUUCGAGGUUGA